ACUAGUUCCCGUCCAUCCAGCAUCACAGAACACUCCAUCAUGCCGAUGCCUCUCAAGCCAACCCGCCAGCCCAUUGAAUGUCAUGUCCAAUAGUGGCAAGCCUGAUGAUGAUGGCUAGCCCAAAGUUUUCGUGGUGACCAAACCUCCUCAUCCUUCCCUCCCUCCAUCCAUUCUUCAAAUUCAAUCCAUCUCCGAUUCGGCCCGAGCGAUUCAUUCCUCGGUGGGUGGAAUUGGUCAGGGUUCGAGACCCAUCCGUGUGCUGGCCCAGUGACCCGUGAUCUCGGAGGGCCUGAUGGGGUGUGGGCAGGGGCGUAGCGACGGUUAGUUGUCGGUGGGACGAACACGCCAGACGCCUGCCUCCAUUUAGCAUGUUUUCGUCGUUUCGGUUGAGUUCCAACGAAUCUGCAUCCACGGUGGAUUGGGGCGGGGUGGAAUAUGAGGCGCGAUCCCGCGAGGUGGGCGGGGUGCUGGUGGGUGGGAAACGUCCAUCCACCAGUCGCUUAGGCGAACGAGCCAGUAAGCGGGCGCGAACCCGCGAUUGGCUGCGUUGCUACGCCCAACCCGUGUUGUUGGGACGCAAAAUUGACGCGAACCGCAAAAUUGCGCCGGAAAUCGAACGGUUGCCGUUGGAGCCGCAUUGCUAUGAGCUUGUCUUCGAUCCCUACGAUCCCACGCGCGAUCCAUCCGAGCACGUUCUACCGCCUUUGCCCGUGGCUCGGACCUCCGGACCAGUCACUCCCAAGACCGCCGCGCCCCCUAACCCCAUCACUCCCCAAACUGCGUCUAAAGCCCCCAUUGCCACGCCUCCCCCAUCUUUGCCCCCUGUCGUCAACACUCCCGCCGCCGUACCCAAUGGCACUCCGAUCAUUCGGCGACUGGUCAAGUCCACCCACGGCAAGAGCCCCAAUUCACACCCACCGAUCGUAACCAAGGCCCCGGAAACGGCCUUGGUCCGCCUGGCUAGUGGGAAGCUCAUGCGGGUCCCCAUGGAGUUCCUGCAACGGCAUCAACCGCAACUCCUGCAGGCCAAACGCACCGUGAUCUCCUCCACCGCCGCUGCCGCCGCCUCCUCCGUACUCCCUAAUGGCACUCUGAUGACCUCCACACCCAACGGUGCCGUCAUCAUGACCACGUCGACCACCACCACCACCACUCCAAAUGCCAGUACCGGCAUGCCGGGUUACUCGAGUGCUGUGCGUUCUAACCCGCCGCCUAAUAAUACUCUCAGUCGUGUUUUGGAGCGAAUCUCUCCCAAUCCGGCCGUGGUGCGACCGACUUUGCCCAACACGCCCCUGAUCCACCCGUCGACCCCCACCACUUCCCGUGUCCUCACCGUAUCCACCACGUCAUCGUUUUCUUCCUCAGCCUCACCUUCCACCACCGGGACCACCACACUACCUGCCAAUGUGCUCAGCUUUUUGCAGCAGAAUGGAGCCGCUCUUACGGCCGGGGGUGGUUCUCGGGUGAUCAGGAUCAAAGCUUAUCAAAGCCCCACUGGGGCGAAUCCAGUAUUGUUGUCGGGCAACGGUCUCCAAAGCUCGCCGCAGGGCGUGGCCAAGUUGUCUGAUCGAUUAAAUGUCAUCACCCCCGUGGUGUCGUCCAUAGGCGGGACUUUGGCCACUGUGACUAUGACCCCUACCAAUUCCAUGGUGACGACGUUGCCCGCCACCCGACAUUCGUAUGUGCUCCAACCCAACUCACCAGUGAGACUUCGCACAACCACCGACUCGUUGGCCUUGGCUAAACCCAUUCCAAUUUCUCAGCUCAGCCAAGCUCAAACCCAGGAUGGCCAACGACUCAGUGCGGCAUUAAACCAUGCCGUGGCUGGGUCCGGUGCAUCUGUGGCAUCGCCCAAGGACAAAGUCAUAGUUCUGGGUACCCCACUACAAAAUGGAAGCGCACAUCAGAGACCACGGGUGGUGGGGGGCUCUGGCCUCCACGUCACUCCCGUUAUGAGCGAGAGUCAGAAAGCCAUGCUCGCUCAAAAUGUGGCAGGAUCAUCAACCAGCCCCAAGACAGUGCUCAUCAAAACGGCCAACGGCUUGACCCAAGGCAACCUGGUCAUGAGUCAUCCGAUCCAGACCCUGGGACCUAACUCAGAUGCCAAUCCAGCCAGCCAGUUUGUCUUGAAUCAAAUCCGAGGCGGUCAAAAAGUUCUCAUUCAAACGUCCUCGGCCAAUCCGUUGUCAAAAUCUGUGGUGUUUUCAAGUGCUGGACCGUCCAAUCUGACUUUAAGCUUGGCGGCUCCGACUGUGAUUCGUUCGGUGGCUCCGGGGAUCGUCUCAUUGCCUAAUACACCUUUGACCUCACCCGCUCAUCCAGUGAAGGUCGGAGGGGGUCCGGGAGUGUCGCCCAUUAUCAUGGGUUUGGGUACAAAUAAGCAGCUUGGGGUUGUGGGUCUAGGGGGCGUAUCUCAGGUUCCCCAAGGAGUCAUAAAGAAACAAAAUGAGUUAUGAGACCAUGUUGCCUCGCCGGAAUGGUCAACAGGCAUACAUUUCCAUGAAUCUUUGAACAGUUCUGUCUAAAAGUGAUAGAUUGGUUCGCCCCACUAAACAGGGGACCCCGCAGCACCUCAUCACAAUCUCAUCAAAAAUCAUUGUUUCUCAAAAUGAUGUCUUGCGUUCGAAAAAAUAUAUAUAUAAUCCCAAUGG